UCAGUUAACUUGACGUACUUUGAGUUUGUAGAGUUUGUGAAAAGGAAAGAGUUUUUAGUUGAAAAGAGAUGGCAUCAGAAAAAAUGGAUCCACAGAAAAGAAGGGAGCUGGAUGAGAAGGCAAGGAAGGGAGAGGUGGUCAUCCCUGGUGGAACUGGUGGCAAGAGCCUUGAGGCUCAGGAGCACCUUGCUGAAGGAAGGAGCCGUGGAGGGCAGACAAGGAAGAAUGAGAUAGGGCAUGAGGGGUACCAUGAGAUGGGGAAGAAGGGUGGACUGAGCACAACUGACAAGUCCGGAGGAGAGCGUGCUGCGGAGGAAGGAAUCCCACUUGACGAGUCCAAGUACAAAACUAACGGUUGUUCUAAUGAGUGACUUUGAAGAGCUCCAGCUUCC